CUCCUGCCACGCGUCAUCAGGCCGCGCCAAGGGCACGCUUGGCCCCGUUCGCUCAAGGAAAGUAGUCAUGGCGAUGAACUGUGCCUCGGCGGCAGCACCUCGCUCCCUAUGGCCGCUGCGCAUUGGUACCCGGCAGCCUCUUUCAGCUUAUGGAGGAAGGGUCGGUGUCAGAUGGCACAGCUCUGGAAUGACCCUAGACAAUAUUAAUCGGGCAGCCGUGGAUCGCAUAAUCCGGGUGGACCAUGCUGGUGAAUACGGAGCAAACCGCAUCUACGCAGGGCAGAUGGCCGUGCUGGGUCGAACAAGUGCCGGGCCCAUCAUUCAGAAAAUGUGGGAUCAAGAAAAGGACCACUUGAAAAAGUUCAACGAGCUGAUGGUUGCAUUCCGGGUCCGACCAACAGUUCUGAUGCCCUUUUGGAAUGUGGCAGGCUUUGCUCUGGGUAUGGGGACUGCCCUGCUGGGGAAGGAGGGAGCCAUGGCCUGCACUGUGGCUGUGGAAGAGUCCAUAGCACAUCACUACAACAACCAAAUCAGGACGCUGAUGGAGGAGGAUCCUGAGAAAUAUGAGGAGCUUCUUCAGGUGAUAAAGAAAUUUCGGGAUGAAGAACUAGAGCACCAUGACAUAGGCUUGGAACAUGAUGCAGAACUGGCUCCAGCAUAUGGCAUUUUGAAGAAGGUUAUCCAGGCUGGCUGCAGUGCGGCAAUAUAUUUAUCAGAAAGAUUUUAAAAGGCCUCACAAUGACUCACUCCAUUUUCACUACUGGAAAGAGCAGCUGCUGCCACUGCAUUUGACCCCGGACUGCUUCUACAUGGAAUCAGCUGAGAAGAGUCUGUCCCACAUGCACAGACCAGGCUAGACCUGCAGAGACUCUGGUUUCUUCGUCAGCCCAGUGACAUGCUGGAAGAGUCCCUGUGGCCACACUUCAUCAGAUGAGCCACAGGAAGUGGGAAGCAGCCAUCAGUUUUGCUUGCCCUCUUUCUCUCCAGCUGCUCGGAGAUGAAGUUUUCUGUAGCAUCUUUGAAGACUCGUGCUGGUGAGCUGGCUGUGUUCACUGCAAGCUUUGGCCAACUCAGUCAUGAAAGCAUCACAUUGUAUACUCACUGCUUCCUGCCCUGCUUUACUUCCCCCUUGCCUCACUCCUGCUUCCUUGGAUGCACACCCCCAUAAUGCAUUUAUAUCCAAGAUAGACCUUUGGGCUCUUCUUCUAGAGAUCCUGGCUGACAUACCAUCCAGCCUAGUACCACCACCACUCCUGAGUCUGGGCCACCAGAAAGAACCAUUCCUAUGAUCUCAGACCCUGGGGCAGGGAAGGAAGGUCUCAUGAUAAAAACCCACAGGCAGUGGAGGGAGCAGCUUCUCAAACAGGAUGGAUGUCUGACAUGUUGUCCGUGGACACAGCAGUUUGGUGCCCCCAUGCCAACUCUGACACCCACUCUUGAGCAGCUUCUUGCCCUCCUGACUUACAUGGUUUCUAGAUCCUCGGGGCCUUUGUUCAUCCCAAGUGCUCUGCUUAAUUCUGAGCAUUGCUUCCUCUCCAGUUCUGUGUCCUUCUCACCACUUCUGGUCAUGCAAAGUAGGCACAACAGACUGUCCAAGAGAGAAGAUAGGUUUGGAUCACUUGGCUACUAUUGGGUACUAGGUGGCAUUGUUGGCAAAGCAGUGUGUCAGCUCCAAGUCACUAGCCACAUAGAUCUAGAGUGUUUAGAAACACCUGCAUCAACCUGACAGUGCUGUGACAUCCUCCCACAUGUGACUGAUGGGCUCAUUGCUCUAGUAGAAGACAAAGCAGUGUGGGUUCUGAAUUGCAAUUGACUUGGGCUGUGGAAUCAAUUAUAUUCUCACAGUUAGAAGGAGCUGGCUGCUGUCCCUGCCAGUGACCAAGGACUUGAUUGUACAGAGUAGAAGCAGCAGCAACAGAGCUGUUAUCACAGACAUGCUGAGAACCACAGGGAAAGGGAAGGAUUCUGUGCCCAGAUUCUGGAAAAGACUUCUAAGUUACACAGCAGAACUGGACCAGCAUUGACUGCCUUUACCCCCAGCAGGGAGCUGCCCCCAGAACAAAGGGCAGCUGUGAGUUUCAGAACCAGCCAGUUGUGCCGCCAGCUGCACUAACAGUUGUAGCACGUGUCUUAGGCAGCUCCAGAUGCCAGGGAAUGUGGGGAUGUGCUUGGCUUUUCUGCACCAGCUGCAGAUGACUGCUGGAACAGAAGGCCACAGAAUCUGUUCACAAACCCUGGACUUCUGCAACAACAGGACUGAUUCCCCCUAACUGUCACAUGCUCCUUGACAGAUCUUAUUUCUAUUUCUUGGCACGACCUUCCUGCAUUUUCUGCUUUGCAGAAUCCUUUCCACUCAUUCAGUCAACAUACCUCUAUACAGUCAGGAUGUUGGGGUCUGAGGUUAGCAGGAUGAACAGCAAAGCCCCUGCUUCCAGGCAGCUCAUCACCAAGGUAGGGAGACAGAUAUAUCAGACAUAAAACGACCUGCUUUCCCAGCCAUUCCCUUUCUGUAUGAAACUCCUACCAUGUGAAUGUGAGGGAACCACCAGGUUCUCUCUCAGCCUCACUUUGCCCAUCUGUAAAAUGGCAGCACCAAACCCAUUAGGCUUUCCCUGAGCAUUUCUGGAGACAAGGUGUGGGAAGGGCUGAGUCCAAGAGGCACUGAAUGUCCCUUCAAAAUUUGACUGCAUGACACCUUCUGGUGAACCUUUACUGGGGCUCCUGUGAGAAGUGUCUCCUGUCUCCUGUCUCAGUGACACCCCCCCCCCCACCGCCAUAGAACUUGCCUCUGGGAAUUCAGAAAUACUAAGAGGACUAUAUGUUUGUAUGUGCUGAACUAUUAAAAAUAACAAUAAUAGGGAGCUGGGCGGUAGCGCAGCGAAUUAAGCGCAUGUGGCACAAAGCGGAAAGACCAACUAAGGAUCCCGGUUCGAGCCCCCGAUUCCCACCUGCAGGGGUGUCGCUUCGCAAGUGAUGAAGCAGGUCUGCAGGUGUCUGUCUUUCUCUCCUCCUCUCUGUCUUUCCCUCCUCUCUCCAUUUCUGUCUGUCCU